AUGGAAUCCGUCAUUGCAGCUGAAAGACAGAUUCUCGCUGAACAUCAGCUCCGUGAGCAGGUUGUGAACGAGGAGUUCAAGAUAUGGAAAAAAACCGUUCCGCUUUUAUAUGAUACCAUUUACACCCAAGCCUUGCAACAUGCACUGUUAUCAGUGGAAUUCCUUCCAAAGUACACUUGGAGCAGCGAUAAAAACCGCAUAACUGUUAAACUAGUUGUGGGAACAAAUUCAUUCACCAAGGGCCAGGACUUUGUGCGCCUAGCCUCGUUAGACUUGCCAGCCACGUUGGCUCCAGAUUUCAACAACGAGUCUGUCCAAUUGGCAGAAGGAGAGGAAAGUAGUUUCAAGAUACUUCACUCAUGGAGCCACCCAGGUGAGGUCAACAAGCUCAAAGUAUCGCCUGACGGUACCAACAUUGUGAGUUUCGAUAAUGUCGGCGUGGUGCACUUGUACAAGUUGGAUAGCGAUACCCAGUUGGACUACAAAUUCCACACCAGCGAGGGAUACGCGUUGGAGUGGACCUCCAAUAAAGAAUUUUUGUCGGGCGCUAACGAUGCCAACAUUGCUCUUUGGGACAUUUCCUCCCCUGCUGAACCCAUCAAACAAUUCAACACCCAUUCCGCGGUCAUCAACGACAUCAGCUACAGCAAACCCUCGGAAAAUUUGUUUGCCUCUGUUUCAGAUGAUUUCUACACACAUAUCCACGACAUCCGGAACCCAGGCAAUUCUCCUGCGAUUUCUAUCGAGAACAGCCACAUCCAGAACGCUGUGGCAGCUCACCCGCAGAUUCCUCUGCUUGUAGCAACGGGUGGAAAGGAUAAUGUGGUGAACUUAUAUGAUUUGAGAAAUACCAAGGAGCCUGUCAGACAACUCUUUGGCCAUAACGAUUCUGUGGUCGGCCUCAGGUGGGACCCAGAGUUCAACCCAUCUCAGUUGUACUCCUGGGGUCUCGAUAAGAGGGUUCUUACGUGGGACCUCAACAAUAUGAGUGAAGAGUUCACGUAUCCUACGACAGAGUCUGACUCGAGAAGAAAGAAUAAAAACACCGAGGACCCUUGCCUCAAGUUUGUUCACGGUGGCCAUACAAACAGAGUGAACGAGUUGGCGGUGCACCCCACAAUCCCCAAUCUCUUCGCCUCAGUUGGUGACGACACACUUGUUGAAAUUUUCAAGCCUAAAACAAUAAUAGAAGAGGAGGAGGCCGAGCUGGAGGAAGCAGAGGAGGAGGAAGAUAACGAUGCCAAGGAGGAGAAGAAGGACGAAGCGGAGCAGGACAAGAUGGAAGUUGACGAGAGCAGCAAGGAUGAAGAGAGUAAGGAUCUCGAAAGCGGCGAAAACAAGGGACAGCAGUCGUCCUAA